AGAAGAACCCCGGCCCAGAACGACCGCACCAGGGCCAUGGGGCAGCUCUGCUGUGUGCCUUUCUCUCGAAAUGAGGAAAAAAUCGGUGAGUUGGAAAGCCCACCCUCUGCAGUACUACAGAGAUACCACAAGGAUAGAACCAGCUGGCCAGGUGGUGCAAAGAGCGGAGGGGAGCUCGAUGAUGCUGAACUGGUAAGGCUCAGUAAGAGGCUGGUGGAGAACGCGGUGCUGAAGGCUGUCCAGCAAUACCUGGAAGAAACACAGAACAAAAACAAGCCAGGGGAUGGGAGCUCUGGGAAACCGGAAGAAGCGGAUAGGAAUGUCCGUGACAGUGAUAGCAACAGGAAAUGAGACCUGAACCUUGGUCCCACAGCUCCGCCAAGGCAUCCUGCUGCCCUCUGCUACGCCACCGGACUGACCUACGUUGUGCCACUUAAGUGGUUCUAAUCCAAGGAGAUGGUCUAGUACUCUCAUGAUAGAAGCCUUUGCCUUUCUGAAACACAUGAGAAGAGGGAUGGAAUGCUGGGAUAAGCCGAAGACAUUAAUGGAUAGGAGAAUGGUCUAGAUUUCCCUCACCUCCGGCAAAGGAAGCUCUUGCUGUGUGCAGGGCAAGGGGCCCUUGGAUGAAGCCUAGUGGACUCGAAUUUAAGGCCGUGGAAAGGCUUUGCCAUACAUGGAAUACUGCCAUUUUUAUCGCUUAGCAGGGCAUUCGACCACUUAUUCUCCCUGAGGCCAAAACACAAAGCUAAUGAGUGCUAAGUUUAAAAUAACCACUGUUGAAGUCAUCAUUCGUAGAGUCUCAAUAUAUGAUGUUUCAUGUUUGUCUGAAGUAUGCUGUUGCUAUGCAGUGAUCUUUAUUUACCAUAAAUUAUGUUUAAUGUAAAUGAUAUAUUUUUAGUGAAAUGGAACCUUUUCUAUAAAAUGUGGGCAACCUUUCAAAGAUUUUGUAACUCUCUUCUGAUAAGUCAGUGUGCCAUAUCUUAAUGUUCUUCAUUGGUAUUUGUAUGUAAAAUAUAUAAUUUCUUCCUUUAGGCGAGAAACCUACUGAAAUCCAUGAAGCUUUGCAUCGAGAAAGGAUGCAUCGGAAUCUCAAAGUGAAACAGUUAAAGGAGCUUUUAUUAAAG